AUGCCACCUAUCUCACCGACUUUCCCGAUUGGAGAGUUGUUCUCACGGGAUAUCACAGCAGUAAACGGCUCAAGUCCAGGGUUACAUGUUGUAUGUGCCUGGCCAGUAUCGGGUCAGUACGGACCUGGCUCUAGAGUACUGUAUUAUGUCCUAGUAGCCCUAUGCGUCUUUGGUAAGAAGACGGACUGGAUCAAGAAUGCAUGCUUGGCUGCUGUAUUGCUUUUUCCUGCAGUCGCUGCUCUCCAUGGCAUCACGCUUGCAGCUUUGCAUAAUGAUCAUGCAGUAGACAUGGAUAUCUAUGGAGCCUUUCAAUUGUGUUCCUUGGGUAUAUUGGCAGCUCCGGCGACUGUCAAGAACUCGCGAACGUACUUUCUCGAUCCUGGACGAAACAUCAUCUUUCUAUGGACAGGUCUCAUCCUCUCAGGUUUACUCAGCCUGGCUGUAGAAUUCUUCCGCACGAAGACGGAAGUUUGCAAGUCAGCUAGUGGCGGUUUUAUCACCAUGAAGGAUUUCAACUAUGGUGAAACCAACUGCACCUUGGUAUGCACAGCCGAGUUGGGUCCAUUCUCUCCGAUGCGGAAGGAAGCUGCAAACAACAUCUACGUUAUACCUGCUCCGACACGAUUGACCUUCGGCACAGUGACACUUCUUUGUGCCGCGUGUUGCAUUCCGGCUAUUCUGUCCUUGAUAUCUAUGUGGAACAAGAUUCUCGAGAUCAACUGGAAGUCACGGUCCGGUGCUGUGGCUGAGAAGGAUCCUGAAGAGAGAAAGGUCAGAGAUAUUAACGCCCUGAUCAAGCGCUUCCUGAAUGUCAUUGAAGCUCCGCUCUUCGGCCUUGCGGUUGUGGUUAUCCUCAUCCUAGGCGAGAUCAAUCUGUUCAGCCACCAGGUCAACUAUCAGACGGAGCCAAUACAGAGCAUCGGUCAAUGGGCGCCCAUUGUUGGUACAGGACUAGCUGUUCUAGGUUCACUCAUCGUCAAUCUGACGAACGCUCCAGAAGAUUCUGAGGACGAGUCUGUUUCUGGACAGCCUCACCCAAGUACAGACGGAGGCUCUAUCUCCAACUCAAGUUACCCCGGCAGUAUCCAACCUGUAACUGAAGGUCCAACUCAUGGCAGGACAAAGUCUACCGACCUCGUACCUGUUGUCACACGGAAAAGUAUGGCCAGCACCGUGCUCACUGACAAAGGAGGCCGCCGAAAGAUGGCGCAAUUCAUGAACAAAGUCGGCGACUAUAUGGGUACACCAGGGCAUGGUCAAUUCGACAAUUCAUCGUUUAGGCGAGAUGCGAGCAACUACCCUACAAUACCCGGUGAGGAAGACCGGAACGAUAGGCUGAAGAAUACGGAGCUUUUGUACAAUUCAGGACGCUCGAUCAGAUCAGUCAGCCGCGCAUCAGAGAUUCGAAUGUCAAGUCCUUUCUCGCAAGAUGCGGCAAAUCAACGGAAACGAUCUGACUCGAUUGGCGCCCGGUCGAUUGAUAGUCAAGAUCCUCCUUCGCCACUUACAUCUGACCAGGGACCCAUCACUCGAGGCAGAUCUAAUACACUUACGGUACCUUCUCCAAUUCAUGUACCAACCAGAGAAAUGAUGGAGAGAUCGAGGACCUCGAACGGGCCCAGCAAUACAAACUAA